CCUUCAUCUGCCGUCCCAUCCACCACCGCCAGCACACACCAGCACGCAGCCACCCACCACCCGUGCCUGCGCAGCCGGGCGCACGCCCCUCUCGUCGCUGCGCAUCUCCACCCGCGCCCGCCGAGGCGCGCCCGCUCGCCCGCCAUGCCCAUCUUCCGGCGCCGCCAGAGCUCCAAGAGCAACGGCAGCAGCAGCGGCAGCCGCAGCGGCAUCACCAUCGGCGCAAAGGGCGAUGCGCGCCAGUCGGCGCCCGCGGCGCCGGCGUCGUUUGCUCGCCCGCCGCGCGACAUUGCCCUGCCGCCCGAGUCGGACUACCGCACCUCGCUGAUCAUGCCGCACCUGACGCGCCGCUUCACGCUGCUGCGUGCGCCCGACGGCACCAUGGUCACGCCCGACGCCAUGCGCGCGCACUUGCGGGCCCAGCGUGCCAGAGCACGGGCACAGGGCGCGCAGGGCGCCCACUUCCUCACCGAGGCAGAGGAGGACGAGAUCAUCGACCAGCUGCGGCGCCAGACGCACAUGGAGCGCGACUCGGCCGACGAGGCGCGCGAGGAGGAGCACGCGGCGCAGGGCAUCUCAGACGGCUUUGGCGGCAUCGACAGCUUCUCCGUGCCCGCGGCCAAGCCGGCGCCGGAGAGCACGUACGCGAGCACGGACGGCUUCGGCGGCACGGACGGCUUCGGCGGCUGGGGCGCCGCCGUGCAGACGGACCGCAGCAGCGCCACGGGAGCCAGCCGGGUGAGCGAGAGCCUGGCGGAGAGCCUCGGCAACCUCGAGACGCCGAGCUACCGCAUGGGCGGCGAGGCGGGCCUCUUCAGCGGCAGAGCUUCCGAGCGCGACAAUGCGUACCUGCGCAGCUACGACAAGGGCAGAGCGGCGCAGAACGGCAAGGCAUGGGGCACGCCGGCCGAGCAGGCGCCCAGCAUCAUCGAGGAGGAGGCAGAAGAGGGCGAGACCGACGAUGAGGGCGCCAUGCCGGGCGGCUUCUCCGCUGGUGCAUCUCGGCGCGUCUCGCGUCCGCCUGGUACCGCAGGCUCGGAUGGCACGCCCUCGGGCCUGCAGGUGCCCGGCGCUGCGCGCAACGGCCUGCAGCGCCAGUCGCAGCUGCUCAACCUCACGCCCGACGCCUUCAAGCGCGUCAGUGCCGCACUCGAGGAGGUGUACGGCACUGUGGCCGGGCGCAUCGACGACGGCGAGUUCGACGAAGACGAGGAGGAGGAGGGCGAGAGCGAGGAGGAGCUCGACGACGGCUCGCAGGGCGGUCGCACGCCGUCUGCCGGCUCGCAGCACGACGGAGACGUCACUGUGGGAGCCUCUGCGCCGGCGCAGGAUGCCAUGUCUGGCCGCACGUCCGCUGCUCGGCGGUCUACCGACAGCGACGAGCGCUCGUUCGCCUCGGCGCGCUCAGACGUGCUCGGCUCUGUCGUGAACGGCGGCCGCGACUCGCGGCACUCGCGCAACCAGAGCGCCGCAAGUGCUGCGUCCAGCUCUUUCUCUCCCAGCGGCGCCGGCGCCGGCACGUCGACUAUGGCUCCCUCGGACAGCGCCGCAACGAUGCGUGCGGGCUCUCCGCCAAGCCCGGCCCAGCUCAGCGUGGCCGAUGGCAGCAGCUCGAUGACGCUCAGUCAGGCUGCUCAGCCCGACUCGGAGGCGCCACGCGCAGUCGGCAGCUGGCCUUCGCAGGCCGGCGCGUCCGAGGCACAGCUGCGCGCUCCGGCGUCCGAGAAGCUCUCCACGGGCUCCGGCCAGAGCACGCUGUCGCAGGCAAGCGACGCCGCUCCGACGCCUCAGGCCGUCUCUCAGUGGCCUAGCCGCGCAGCUGCCGCAUCGCCUCUGCAGCACGCCAGCUCCUCGUCGAGCCUCACCACCUCGCCGCCGCGUCCUCGCGGCGCCGGCGUCGUCUCCAUCGACGCGGCCAACGGCCGGAUCAAGCGCGGCCCUGCCUCGCCCACUGCUGAGACGUACGGCAGCCCGAGUCUAGACCGGCCGCUCUUUGGCAGCCUGCGCGACACGCACUCGCCCAAGGCCGAGUCGCUCAGCGCGAGCAGCUCGCUGCAGCGCGACGCGCGCGAGAGAGCCAUGUCGCCCGAUGGCUUCCGCGCUUCACCCUCGAUGACGCCGCAGGGCGAGCUGGGCCGCCGGCCCUCAGACUUCCUGCGUCGCCCGUCCAACGGCUCUGGCGCCAAUUCCGGCCCUAGCACGCCAGUUCUGUCCGCCAACGCCAUUGCCGCUCGCUCGCCUCGCUACUUCCCGCCCACGUCGAGCUCCAUGCAGAACUACGCGGCGGGCUUCCACUCGCCCGCGCAGCCAAGCGGUGUGCUCUCCGAUGCUGGCGCGCCUCUUGGCACUGCGCAGGACGGGCAGCGUCUAGGAGCCAGCGCUGCUCUGCAGCGCGCGCAAGGAGCAUCCUCGCCCGAUAUGAGCUACCUCGCCAACUCUCCGGCGGCCCUGAGCUCUUUUGCCGCUCCCGGCUCGCUGCUCUCGCCCGGUACGGCCGGCACAGGAGCAGAGCGAGGGCUGACGUCGGAUGCUGUGAGCGUGCGCAGCGGCGUUAGCGAUCUUGCUGGGUCAGACGACGACCGCGAGGAUCCUGAUGACGUCUGGGCCAAGGUGGCGCGCAACACGGAGGCGGCACCGGCGAGCGCAUCGCGGCCCAUCUCCCACCUGCCGCCAGCAGCAGCUGCGGACCAGCUCGCCGAGUCGGGCAUCACGAUGGUCGACUUUGCAGAUCUGCAGCAGCAGCUCGUGCGCUCCGCCAGCCAGAAGGGCCACUCGCUGGGCAUGCCAGCGCUGCAGACGCGCGGCUCUGCACCUGAGGCGCUCCAAGAGGCGCCUCCGCUUCCGGGCAAAGCGACUGCCAGCGAUCGCCUCUACCACACCAACUCGCAGAGCAGUCUCGCGGGCUCGAACUACGCCUCCGGCAGCCGCGCCUCUCCGCGCAUGACACCGUCUUCGCCGAGCGUGCUCGGCACGGCAAAGCUCGAGAAGGCUCGCGAGCGGGCGCGCAGCAUCUCGCAGCGCCAGCAAGCCGAGGCAGCGAGCGGGACCGGAAGUCCGCGCACCCCCAACCUCUCUCGGCAGGUCAGCGCUGCCACGCUCGGCGGCGAUUCGUUCGCGCCGGCCAUCACAAGCACGCCGCCGUCGCAGCACGCAGGCGAGAGGACGUACAGCCCGCGCAUGCGCUCGGGCAGCCGCGAAGACACGCGCAUGGCCCACUCGACGUCGCAGAGCUCCUUCAAGUCUCCCGUACAGUACGACGUAACGUCGAGCCACCGCCCGACCUCGCCGCCGCCGCGCGCAUCGGUCAGUACGCUGCCGUCGCUGCAGGAUCUGAACAACUCCGACUUCCAGGGCAUCCCGUCGACGCUCGACGGCAACCGAGGCUCCCUCUCGCUGGCUUCGAUCAUCGAGGCGACUGCCACUCGCGCGAGCAAUGACUGGCACAUGAGCUCGAACUCGAGCUCGAGCUCCCUCAAGCAGUCAGCCGACGCCUCAGUGACGAGUCCUGGCCUCGCCGGCAUUGGCGUCAAGGCGCAGCCGAUACCGGAGGAGGACACGGCUGAGUGGGAGGGGCUCUAUGGCCGAGGCAGCCCGGCUCUGCCGUACGACAGCCCGCCGGCCAUGCCGCGCAGCCAGUCGCACGACGUCCUUUCUGCUCAGCAGCGCGAGACGGAGCCGCAAGCGGACAGCAAGUCGCCUGAGCUCAACGGCCACCUGCAGUCGCCGCAGACGCCGCAGACAGCCUGGUCCGACCCCGGCGACCGGCCCGUAUGGGGCCAGGCCUCGCACGUCAGCGCCGCGCUUUUGGACGACGUCGAGAGCCACGCACGGGCAGCCACACUCGCGCUCAAGGGCACAGACGUGGCAGGGCCCCGUGUGGUCGUUCCGGCACGCUCCAAGUCGCUCAGCAGACGCAAGGGCAAGAACCUGGCCAAGAUCGUGUCGCAGCCCCAGCUCAUCCAGACGUCGCAACGCCUCGACCACGCGCAGACCCUGCCGCGCCCCGACGCCACUCUGCUGCGGCGCGCUGGUACUCCAGCGUACCCGCAAUCGCCUGCCGUGCCGCCCCUCCCUGUGCACCCGCUUGGCACACCAGGCUCGCUGGCCGUGGCCGACUACAGCCGCGGCUCGAUUCGAACAGAGCCGUCGGUGCAGCACGGUCGCCGGCCCUCGAGCUCCUUCGGCCACGGCGGUCAGCUGGACCAGGCGGAGAGCACUCCAGGCAGCGUGCGUUCGUCGCGCACGCCGCCCCGACACGCGUCGUCCGCCGCCGGCACGCCUCAGAGCGAGCGCUCCACCGGAAAGGGCCUGAGCCGCUUCCUCUCGCGCGUCCGCAACCGCAAGCCGAGCGAUAGCGGUCCGUACAGCGCGACGGUGGAUCCGUUCCCGUCGUCGAUGCCGCAGACGGGCUCAUCGCCAAGUCACUCGCCCGUCUCGUCGCCGGGCCGUGGUGCGCCUCAGUCCGAGUCUUUCGGCUCGCGCAACGAGGCCUCUUCCUCGCCGCUUCAGCCGUUGCCCAUGCACAAGCCGUCGCGCAGUACCGACCUGGCCGGGCUGUUCGCGCCCAUGCCGUCUUCGCCGACGCUGCCGAGCGCGCCAGAAACCGCGCCGGCACCGCAGAUCUCCGUGCAGCCCGACGCGACAGGCGACGCCGAGCCUGCCUCGUCUGAGACCGCCGAGGCAGAGGCUGCGCAAGAGUCUACGCCUGUCCCGAAGCUCGGCUCGCCCGCACCGAUCCAGGACGCCUGGCAGUCUUCUUCGCCUGCACCUGCUGAGGCCGCGCCGCCGGCACAGGCCGAGGUGUCAGACAAUGCGCAGGCGCGCCCGCCGAAGGUCAAGUCCGCGCGCGACACCAUCAUCCGGCGCACGAUCAUCAUUCCGACGAGCGAGAGCGUCUUUGACGAGCGGAGAAAGUCCACGAUGUCGAGCACCUCGCGCCGCAAGUCGCGGAGACCUGCUGGAGGCGAGGAGGCAUCUACACCGCUCCCGACCGGCUGGCAGCAGCACCAGAACCGCGACUCGGUCGACUCGCCGGUCUCGGCGACCGUCCCUCUAGACACGCCGUUGACGGCUGGCGGCGACACGACCGCGCUCAUGCCGCCGUCGCCGAUGACGAACAGGCAGAGCAGAGCGCAGAGCUCGUACGCCGGCAGCCUGUACGACAUGUACAUCGAUGGCGCAGACGACGAGCGCACGCCGCAGUUCGCGCGCCAGUCGACGUUUGGCAACGGGCACGCGCGUGCGUCCAUGGGCGCUGCGCUCAACCCCGAAGGCCGCAGCCACAUCGAGGUGACCGAGCGCGCCGACGGCAGUGUCGUGUGGCAGGUGAUCGCCGGCCUGGCCGACCGCUCGAGCGCAUACAGCGGGUCGUUCCGAGGUGCAGGCCACUCGCGCCAGGCCAGCGACUCGAGCGAGUUCUCCUUCCGGCCGCGCGACAGCACGUACGAGGACCUGCUGCCUGCCGAAGGAAACGGCACACCGGUGCGCAGCUUCGCUGGCCUGACCAACGACGACAGCCGUAGCUUCUUCGCCAGAUCGCGCGGCAAGGUCGGGCACCGCAAGAGCUGGUCGUUCGAUGCCUCGACCAUGCCUGCGCUGCCGAAGCUGCCCGAGCUUAGCAACGCAUCUGGCGCAGUUCCUCACGCGCACACAGAAGACGCGGCAGAGGACGACGCCUCACACGAUCCUUUCGACAUGCCGCCGAUCCCGUCGCCGAGUCUCGCCGCGGCCGCCGAGCACCCGACGCCGCGCCAGAAGCAGUACAGCCCGCCGCUCAACAGCGCCGCGUCGCCUCCGCAGCAGCAGCUGGGCUUCGACAUGGCCACGCCGAGCGCCGACGCCAGCGCCACGCGCAUCGUCUACACCAACGACAACGACCUGGCCAUGAUGCUCGAGUCGCUCGCGCGCGACAAUUCGGCGGCCAAGUUUGAGUUCUCGCGCGUGCCCGGCGGCAACGGGCCUGAUGCCCGCUCGCUCUCGCGGCCGGUCAGCUCGUGGACCGGCUCGAGCGUCGACUCGGGCGAGGCGCGCACGCAGCGGCUGCGCAUCGAGGCCGAGAUCUUCUCGCUCCUCUCGCACGAUCAGCGCGGCAUGGUCGACCUGCAGGCGGCUGCCGCCUCCAUCUCUGCCUGAUGCUGAGACUUCCCGGACACCCCACUCUGGAGCUGGCCCCGGCUGCGGCGGGCCCGCUCCACCUCCCCUCAUUUCGCUGCUCUAAUUCAUCAUCCUUCAUU